UAGGGGGUGGCGCCCCUGCUUCCACCACAGGGGGCCUCCUGGCCACAGAACAAGGACUUCACGUUUCCAGGUGCCCGAGACACGGCGCAGCGUGAAAGCUCAGGUUCGCUCAACACCAGAGCUCAAAACCCUCAUUCGUUGAGCCAGUCCUCCUAGGGCAGCAAGGCACCAGCCGAGUCGCAGGCAGGUAGUGCGGGUGGCGCGAGGGCCAGGGCCCAGCUCUGUCUCCCCACUGUUGGUAGAAACGGGAGUUCAGGGAAGAAGAACGACGUGCCCGGUCCUCGGUGGAAGCCGGCCCCAGCCCAGGUGUUCAAGAGGCCAUCAGGGUGUCGGGAGGCAUGUCACACAGGAUGCGUGUCGCCAGGAGGGCAGUGCGGCCACCACGCCCAGCACCGGGAUGAGUGCGAGAUCCUCAGUUUCCAAAAGCUGAAGUCCAUAGUCACGCGUGGAGCCUUGCGGUUGUUAAAUACUAUUUCGGAUGCUGUGCCCAAAAAGUACAGCUGCAGGCGAGGUUCCGCCCUCUUGGCCAGGUGCAGCCGAGGGCGUGACUCGGUUUCCAGGGCAGACGCCGUGCCCUGCGCCCAGCCCCAGGCGAGGCCAGGAGGGUCGGGGCAGGAGAGAAGGGCCGGGCCUAAGACGAGGCGGUGACCGUGGGAGCGGGGACUGGGUGUGGGCGGACGCGAGCAGGUAGCAUCCAGCACCACGAGGGUAUAAUUCUAGGUUUUCCUUGUUUGCAAGAAGGCCUCUCCUCUCACUUUGCCAGGCCGCUGGCUCGUUAAUAACGACUGGGAAUGAAACCAGAGGUCGUGGAGAAGGUGAACGAGCUGAUCGCCCAGGGCCGGUACGGCAGGCUCUUCGCAGUGGUGCACUUCGCCGGCCACCAGUGGAAGGUGACCUCUGAAGACCUGAUCUUAAUUGAAAACAAGUUAGACGUUGCGUGUGGAGAGAGGAUCCGGCUGGAGAAGGUCCUGCUGGUUGGGGCCGACGACUUCACGCUGCUCGGCAGACCCCUCCUCGGAAAGGAUCUUGUUCAAGUAGAAGCCACAGUCAUUGAAAAGACAGAAUCGUGGCCAAAAAUCAACAUGAGAUUCAAGAAAAGGAAAAACUACAAAAGGAAAAGAAUUAUCGUGAGCCCUCAGACCGUCCUCCGGAUAAACACCAUCAGGAUUGCUCCACGUCUGUGCUGAUCAUCCAGCUAAUGUUUCUAGAAAUAUAAAAAUAAACCCACUUUCCGAGGA